AUGGACCAACUCCAAGAGCACGUCCUCGACCCGCUCAAGCCCUACCUCCUCCCCAUCACCACCAACCUACCGGGGCCCCUAAACUCGCUCGCUCUCAACCUGCUCGGCGAGCCGUGCCACAGUGCUUUACUCCUAGACCUAGACUUCGCGCCACACCCAGAAUGCGUCUCCCUCGCGAUCUCCAAAGCCCUCGGCAUCGGGAUCAUCACGGCCUCCUCGGUGGUGAAAGUGCCCCAAAUUCUCAAGCUCGUCCGCUCCCACUCCUCCGAGGGCCUAUCCUUCAGCAGCUACCUGCUGGAAACCGCGAGCUUCGUGAUUUCGCUGGCGUACAACAUUCGCAAUAAAUUCCCGUUCAGCACGUACGGCGAGACGAGCCUGAUCGCCGUGCAGGACGUAGUGAUCAGCGUACUGAUCCUCGCGUAUUCAGGGAGGAGUGCGCAGGCCGGUACGUUCCUCGUGGCCGUCGGCAGCGCGGUGUAUGCGCUUAUGGUUUCGGAAACGCUGGUCAGCGAGUCGCAAAUGACCACUCUGCAGGCCGGUGCGGGCGCCCUGAGUAUCGCCAGCAAGCUGCCGCAGAUCUUGACUGUGUAUAGCCAGGGCGGGACGGGCCAAUUGUCGGCUUUUGCGGUGUUUAAUUACUUGUUUGGAAGUCUGACAAGGAUCUACACGACGCUGCAGGAGGUGGAUGACAAGCUUAUUCUGUAUGGGUUCGUCGCGGGGCUCUUCUUGAAUGCUGUACUGGCGGUCCAGAUGCUCUACUAUUGGAACAGUCCUACUACGGCCGGACAUGGAAAGGAGGUUGGUGGGGCGGGUGGGAAGAAAAAGGGCCCUCAGGGCGUUGCGCAGAAAGGUUCAGCUGCGUUGGCUACAGAGGAGACCAUCAAGAAAGCUCCCGGCACCCCAGCGACAACUACCGCAAGGCCGAACAGCAGCAGUGGCAGGAGAAGGGCUUGA